UUUUCCGCUCCAUUUUUUUUCAAGUCGAUUUUAUUUAGAGGCGGCGCCAGGGCGGCCGCGGAGAAACGUGACACACCAGCCCGCUCGGAGGGGUUCAGACCGGAGGGAGAGAGCCGCGCCGCGUCGUCCGCCUCCCAGCGCGCCGCGGGCACUUCCCCCGGACGCCCCCCAACUCCACGCGCCCCCCGCGCGCCCUCGGGCCGCCUCCCGCCCCGGGCUCCGGACAACUUCAGGGGUGGGGUGCAAAGAAAGUUUGCGGCUCCCGCCGCCGGCCUUCCGCCUCUCGGCCUAGGAGGCUCGCCGCCUGCCCGGCUCGCUCGGCCUCGCCCGGGACCGCGUCCCGCCCGCGCCGUCACCAUGAACAAGCUCUACAUCGGCAACCUCAACGAGAGCGUGACCCCCGCGGACUUGGAGAAAGUGUUCGCGGAGCACAAGAUCUCCUACAGCGGCCAGUUCCUGGUCAAGUCCGGCUACGCCUUCGUGGACUGCCCCGACGAGCACUGGGCGAUGAAGGCCAUCGAAACUUUCUCGGGGAAAGUAGAAUUACAAGGAAAACGCCUAGAGAUCGAACAUUCGGUGCCCAAAAAACAAAGGAGCCGGAAAAUUCAGAUCCGAAACAUUCCACCUCAGCUCCGAUGGGAAGUACUGGACAGCCUGCUGGCUCAGUAUGGUACAGUGGAGAACUGCGAGCAAGUGAACACGGAGAGUGAGACGGCAGUGGUGAAUGUCACCUAUUCCAACCGGGAACAGACCAGGCAAGCCAUCAUGAAGCUGAACGGCCACCAGCUGGAAAACCAUGCCCUGAAGGUCUCCUACAUUCCUGAUGAGCAGAUAGCACAGGGUCCCGAGAAUGGGCGUCGAGGAGGCUUUGGCUCCCGGGGUCAGCCACGCCAGGGCUCACCUGUGGCCGCAGGGGCCCCGGCCAAACAGCAGCAAGUGGACAUCCCCCUUCGGCUCCUGGUACCUACUCAGUAUGUGGGCGCCAUCAUUGGCAAGGAGGGGGCCACCAUCCGCAACAUCACGAAACAGACCCAGUCCAAGAUAGACGUGCAUAGGAAGGAGAAUGCGGGCGCAGCGGAAAAAGCCAUCAGCGUGCACUCGACCCCCGAGGGCUGCUCGUCUGCCUGCAAGAUGAUCUUGGAGAUUAUGCAUAAAGAAGCCAAGGACACCAAAACGGCUGACGAGGUCCCCCUCAAGAUCCUGGCCCACAAUAACUUCGUGGGGCGUCUCAUUGGGAAGGAAGGGCGUAACCUGAAGAAGGUGGAGCAGGACACCGAGACGAAAAUCACCAUCUCCUCGUUGCAGGACCUCACCCUCUACAACCCCGAGAGGACCAUCACCGUGAAGGGCGCCAUUGAGAACUGCUGCAGGGCUGAGCAGGAAAUCAUGAAGAAAGUUCGCGAGGCUUAUGAAAACGAUGUGGCCGCCAUGAGCCUGCAAUCUCAUCUGAUCCCUGGCCUCAACCUGGCUGCUGUGGGCCUUUUCCCGGCUUCGUCCAGUGCAGUCCCGCCACCGCCCAGCAGCGUCACCGGGGCUGCUCCCUACAGCUCCUUCAUGCAGGCUCCCGAGCAGGAGAUGGUGCAGGUGUUCAUUCCCGCCCAGGCCGUGGGCGCCAUCAUCGGCAAGAAGGGCCAGCACAUCAAGCAGCUCUCGCGGUUCGCCAGUGCCUCUAUCAAGAUUGCACCACCUGAAACACCUGACUCCAAAGUCCGUAUGGUGAUCAUCACUGGACCGCCAGAGGCCCAAUUCAAGGCUCAGGGAAGGAUCUACGGCAAGCUCAAGGAGGAGAACUUCUUUGGUCCCAAGGAGGAAGUAAAGCUAGAGACCCACAUACGAGUGCCGGCAUCGGCAGCUGGCCGGGUCAUCGGUAAAGGCGGCAAAACGGUGAAUGAGUUGCAGAAUUUGACAGCAGCUGAAGUGGUAGUACCAAGAGACCAGACCCCUGACGAGAAUGACCAGGUUAUUGUGAAAAUCAUCGGACAUUUCUAUGCCAGCCAGAUGGCUCAGCGGAAGAUCCGGGACAUCCUCGCCCAGGUUAAGCAGCAGCACCAGAAGGGACAGAGUAACCAGGCCCAGGCACGGAGGAAGUGACCAGCCCCUCCCCAUCCCAUCGAGUCCAGGACAGCGGGCGGAAACCGAGAGCGUGCGCUCCCCAUCAGGCCUGAGAAUGUGUGGGAAUCCGGGACACCCCGGCUGGGUUGAGGAUCAGGUUUGCCCACUUGCUUGAGAAAGACGUUCCGUGAGGAACCCUGAUCAACUGGCCCCACACUGCCCACCCCUCAGGGUGUCAUCAUUGAAAUUCCAGCUCAGGGUGCUUUUAAACGUGGAUUAUAAGGAGCCCCACCAGGAGAGGGUGGCUCAGACCCCAGAGGAAAGAGAAAUAAAAUUUUUUUCAGGUUUUUAAAAUAAGCAGAGGGGGGAGUUUUAAUCAGCCUCAAAGGAUGGUUUGUUUCUUGACCUUAAAGUCUUUCCCGCCUUCUUCCCUCUGGUUAAUUGGUGCUGAUACUGCCUCUUCUUAUAUUUACAUGAAUUGUUUGAGCUGUACUUCUACUAGAAAAAAAAUGUGAACGAAUGCACUGCUUUACUUUUAAUAUUGAUUCAAGGAAAAGGACCUGUUGAUAUCUACAGUCUAAUUCCAAUCCCCCCUUGCCAGUCAAUAGGUACAAUAAGGAAUAAAAAAGGGGGUAAAAUGGGGAGAAAGAUGAUUGAAAUGCAUAAUAAUCCACGUUUAAAAGGAGCGCCCUGAUUAUUCCAGAUUGCCAUCAUGAAAAAUUGGCACAACUGAAAUUUCUCCCACUCUGUCGGGGCUUUCCCACCACAUUCGUGUCCCUCUAACCAUAGAGGUCCCACAUCCUGUCCAGGUGCACAUAGGUGGUGUGGAAUGCUCAGCAGGGUGGGGGCUCACCACUGUCCCUGAUUCCCAUCAUUCUCAGGCAGAUUUUAUAUUUUUUUUUAAAGUCUAUUUUAAUGAUUGGAUGUGAGCACUGGGAAGGGGAUAGAUGCUAACUCCCCUUGAUAAAGUCUCAGUUCCAUGGAGGACUUGAGUGGCCCCAAAGGCUGCCAUGGUGCCCUUACCCCUAGCCCAUGUGCUCUUAUAAGGGCUGGUUCCCAGAGGCAGGGGUGGCGGGGCACUUCUGGCCACGGCACUGUUUCCUUGGUGGUGGUGGGACUUGGAACCCAACCCUGAGCUCCUGAUAAAGCUAAAGUCCAUCAUCUGGCAAAUUCAGUAAAUUGGAGAGUACUUGCUUCUGUUUUUAUCCGAGAGGAAUAUUUAACUGAUGCCUUCUGCCUCCAUAUGUAUCAUUAUUGGCUCAGUGAAAGAAGGUGUGUCUAAACAAAAUUUAGAAUGCCAGCAGCAUUAUACACAAAGGAGUAAAGGAACUUAAUUUAUUAAUUUACCAGGCUCAAUAAGAUCCUGUUGGAAAUUUAGCCUUUGUGGAGGACAGGAGCCAUCAGUUAAAUGAGGUUAGGCCUCCCCUCUCAAUGUACUGAUCGACAAUGCAUAUUAGCCAGGUAAUGCACUUUAGCUACCCUGGACAAUACUAUCAAGUGUGCUGGGAAGGGAGGAAGGCCGCUCUCUACACAUGUGGGAAAGCCCAUGCGUGGAGUUCCCCUCCUUUCAACAUUGCAACAACAACAGUAACAACAAGACAACCACGACAUGUGGGCGUAGUCAGGCAAUGCUGUGUGUGAAGUAAACUACCUCAAGGUAUGAAGUUACCUCAGCAAUUAUGUUCCUUUUUGUUCCCCAACCCCAUUAAAAAAAUUUUUUUUUGAUUUUUUUUUUUUUUUGCAGCUUGCUGAUAUUUUAUAUAAAAAAGAAAAGAAAAGCAAAAGAGAAGCUGAUAGUCUUGAAUAUUUUAUUUUUUUAAUGAAAAGAAAAAAAUGAGAAAGUUAUGUUUCAUAAUUUCUUACAACAUGAGCCAGCAACCCUUUAGGAACUCUCUAUGGAGAACAGGCCCGGUGGGAAAGGCGGCCGGGGCUGGCCCCUUGGAGGAGGCUGGGGUCCAGGUUUAAGAGAGCCCAGAGGGGCUGAGCCCAGAGCCUUGCCUAGCUCUGAUCUGAUGUCUAGAUCCCUGAGCUGCUGGCUGCUGCUGGAAUAACCUACCUGAUAGGAUCAGAAGGCCUAGCAGAGCUGGGGUCCUCCGGCGGCAAAACAACAGUGACUGACAACCUCCUGGCCUUGGGGUCCCUUCCUUCCUCCUUUGAUUAAAUGACAUCUCCGCCAGUUUUUCCCACCAGUGGUGCUGUUGAGAUAUUUUAAAAUAUUGCCUCCGUUUUAUCGAGGAGAGAAAUAAUAACUAAAAGAUAUACCCUUUGUUAAAAAAAAUCUAUAUUUCUCCGUCU